AUGGCGCGCAGAAUGUCUCCAGAAGAGUACCAAGCGAUUGGUCGCAGCUACUAUAAGCUGAAACAAUACGAGAAAGCCCUGGAAACCUUUUCGAAAGGUAUCGAGGCGUGUCCAACCGCGGAUCUGUACGAUCAUCGGGCUGCGACGUACGACAAGCUUGGAAACCUCAACGCCGCGGUCAAAGAUGGCAGAGAAAUGAUCAGAUUAAACAAGAAAGAUGUCAAGGGCUACUUACGCACGGCGAGCAUUCUGGAGAAGUUGGAGAAGCCUGAGACGGCGCUUGGGAUUUAUAAGUACGGGAUGAAAAAUGUGCCACCUAGCGACAAGAACUUCAAGCUCUUGCAACAACUUCACGACAAGUUCACUCGAAAAUUAUCACCUGCAUCGGCCAUCGAUCCGUUUACAGUGCUGCCUGCUGAGCUAGCGGAAAUGGUACUAGAGUAUUGCUCUUUCCGCCACAUGGUCAACUGCAUGCGCGUCAGCCCGGGAUGGAGGGACUAUCUCUCCAAGUUACCUAAGCUUUGGAUGCAUCUCGAUCUCUCCGGCGCCCGCCGACCAGUCCCUCGUUCUUUCGUCAAUACAGCGUUCAAGCGCUCGGAAUACCGAAUGACGCGCGUCACGAUCCAUCGUUUCGAACACAUGGACGUAGUGAAGAAUCUUGCGAAAGCAGCGAAGGACCUUACAGAACUAGAGCUCAUCUCCUUGCCACACACCAUGUCGGCCACACUGAUUGACAUUGUCAAAAGCGCUCCAAAGCUGAAGAAAAUCACGAUACUUCCAGAGAUCACGCAAGAUACUGCAGCGCAGAUAAUGCAUGCGAGGCCUGUACUGGAACACGUGGUCUUCGGCGCCUUGAGGUCCCGCGGGGCCGCCACUAACUGGCCAACUUCAUUCGGGAAUCUCCGCACACUCGGCAUGCAUUGGUCGUCCCCCGUCUCGACGGUCAAUCUCAGUCUACACGACCUCCUGGCUCGAACGCCAUGCCUUGAAUCCUUGGCACUCUCCAACGUACAACAUCUUGAGUACCCACAAGGAUGGCCCAGAGACGAAGCUCAAUUACCACCAUUGAAAAGCCUAACGCUGAAGUGGAAUAACCUUGAGCAGUUUCCUCUUCUCCCGCCCACGCUACAGCGACUGGUCAUCGAAAACGACGGUGGUGGAUUGAACCUACAGCAAAGCCUGCCCUUGCACCAGUCCUGUGUCCCAGAGCUCACACACCUAGCCAUAUCUGGCUUCAAAGGUCUGGAGCCAGAAACACUAGGAAACCUACUAGACAUCUGUUUCCACGAAAGUGAAACGGCAACAUGCUCAACACGAAAGCCUUUGCAAUCGUUAACCCUGCACGGCCUAAUCGGUGAUAUUUCAGAUGACAUGUUCGGAACCGGGCCUGAUGCGCGAACGGAGUCCAUAUUCGGCUUUUCCCCACGCGUCCUCACGCCCGCGUUGGAGUCCCUGGAUAUUGCCACAACGCUCUGCAAUGACGAUGAGAUUGAGAGACUCCUCAUGUACCCGACGGGACUCAAGACAAUCGACCUAUCGCAUACCCACAUCACUGGGGCGUCUAUCAAGAUGCUGGCAGACAAACUUCCGAAGCUGACGAGUAUCAAGGCGAAUCAGUGUGCUAACAUCAAUGGGCGCGAUGCGAUCAACUACGCAGAGCGAAAGGGGAUAUCAGUGAGUUGUCAGAUGGCUGAGCAGAAGGGUGGACGAAGGCUUCGCUACGGCUAG